UUAAAAAACAAAAAAACAAAAAAAAAAGAAGAAAAAAUAUGGAAAAGACGCCAAUAAAGAAGCUUUGAGAAAGUAAAACGUAGAAGGAAAAUUUUCAAUUCCAUUGUGCUGUUAGCCCCUUGGUUUCGUUGAAUUCCAUCUAUCUGAAUAAUCUACUCCGUCUUCCUAUUUUUUCACACACACCUUUUAUAUUUCUUUUUUUCAUUCUUCUUUUCCUGGAAAAUCUUUCAGUUCCAUUUUCCGGGAAAAAAAAAAGUUUGAAUGGGUAGGGCUGGAUUGUUGGAUCUUGAGAAGCACUUUGCCUUCUAUGGGGCAUAUCACAGCAACCCAAUUAACAUUUUGAUACAUACUUUCUUUGUUUGGCCAAUUUUGUUCACUACUCUUGUAAUUUUGUAUUUCACACCUGCUCUGUUCAAUUCCCCAUCUGGGUUUGAUGAACCCUUUGUUUUGAAUAUUGGGUUCGUUUUUACCGUGAUCUAUUCCUUGUUCUAUGUGUUUUUGGAUAAGAAAGCUGGGUCUUUGGCUGCUUUACUCUGUUUUCUCUGCUGGGUUGGAGCCAGUGUUGUCGCAAGUCAUCUUGGGUUCUCUCUUGCUUGGAGGGUUGUGCUGGCUGCCCAAUUGUUCUGUUGGACUGGACAGUUUAUAGGGCAUGGAGUGUUUGAGAAACGUGCACCUGCUCUUUUAGACAACCUUGUUCAAGCCUUUCUGAUGGCUCCAUUCUUUGUAUUGCUUGAGGUUCUUCAAACGGUCUUUGGUUAUGAACCAUAUCCAGGGUUUCGUGCAAGAGUGGAGUCAAAGAUAGAGGCUGAGAUCAAAGAGUGGCAAGACAAGAAGCAAAAGAAAAUCUCUUAAACUCAAAUGGGCGAUGUUCAGAUGACUUUCCUUUUGUUUAGUCCUGUGUAAAUAAAUUGGAUAGCCAUAUUAGUUAUACCCAUGUAUUGUGAAACCGAUUUGCACUAUCUACAGUUUCUAGUCUCAACACAGAAUUUCAAAUUAAAUCAUUUAUCUUGGAGUA